AUCCCAUCUUGUUAUCUUCAUGCAUUUUCUACAGCUCGGCGAUCGCAAACAUUAGUGAACCGUCUAGAGUGCGCAUGUGCAUGUGUAAAGGAUAUGAAAGUGGAGGGCCGACCGAUUGGAAACUGGUGACUCCAUACUUGCCACACCGACAGAUACAGGAGCUUCCUCGCAAGGCCGUCCGUGAUAAUUGAUCAUUCCAUGCUUACAUUCGCUGCCAGACCAUACAGUCUUCCUACUGUCGAGUACACGGUGUUCAUCAUCAUCUGCCUCGGCACGGGACAGGGGAACGCAGAAGCUCGACAGCGGCAUGAUCGUGCAAAGCGGGCCUUGCCAAACGCCAACAAUGAAGUGACAGAGCUAUAUGCGGAGCCGUCAUCAAAUCUAAACAAAGUUUGGGGAAUAUGGAGGGAAGUUUUCCGACCUGAGCGUUCAGACUUUGGUUUUGUACCGCCAUCUUGGUUCAUGGACACGUUGUGCCGCUUCUGUCGUCACAUCCUCCGAGCCUAUAUUUUGCUACAUCUGUUCAAACCGUCUACUAUUGCUCAUAUGUGUAGUCUGUAACAGAUUCUACGCAAGCUUUCAAAAUGUACAGAGGCUUUCUACUCACAUUUGACCAA